AUGAGUGUGCCAAACAUGGAUUGUGAACAGCGCGGCGAUAUAGACCCUGUCUACGGCUGGAUCGCCAACCUGUGCAACAAAGAAACGCGUUUUUGGGCCAUGUUGGAGCUAUGCGAAAGACGCAACCACAUCGACAGCCUAGGACUCUUGCUGUGGCAUUCCUUUGGAGCUGUGAGUGGUUUGCUGCAAGAGAUUGUGUCAAUAUAUCCAGCAAUUUAUCAAGAUAUUGAAUUAACCGGCCAACAGUCGCACCGGAUUUGCACUGCCAUCGGGCUGAUUCAGGUCAUGGCCUCACAUCCCUUCAUUGGUAUUCAACUCAUACGAUGCCAAUUCAUGUGCUAUUUAAUGCCAUUGCUUAAGAUGACCUCUCAAACUCGGGCCGUUGAGCAUGUUCGCCUGUCAGUUUUGGGCGUCAUUUGCGCUCUACUGAAAUCGGAUCAUGCGGAGAUCGUGGUUUAUUUUUUGGGCACUGAAUUAAUUCCACUUAUUCUGCGGCAGCUGGAAUUGGGUACCACAAUGAGCAAGGUGCUCUGUGCAUUCGUCUUGUACCGCACCUUGGAACACGAAGUAGGCUUAAAGUUUGCCAGUCGAAGGCUGGCACGAAGGCUGCAUCUAAUCCAUACUUUAGCCAGGGUUGUGCACCAACUGACACUGGAACCGGAGCCCAGGGUUCUUAAACAUGUAGUGAGGAUCUAUUCUCGCCUGGCGGAUCAUCCCCAGAGUCUGGAGCUGAUCGUAAAGCUAUUGCCGGCACAGAUUCGGAACGGCUAUUUCUGCCAGGAAGGAUUAGCGGGCUUUGAGAGCGCCUCACUAGAGCUGGCUAAUCUUAACCGUAAGCUGGUCAAUAAACAUGAGAAAAAAGACAAAGCUUGUGAUGAUUCCGUGCCGGAAAAGCAUUGAAGCAAAAUUUCUCGCCUCAUUAGGGCUCCUUUCCCUAAUGGUCCUUAUCAAUGCAUACAAAUGGUGUACCAAACAGAUGUUUUAUUUGGUGGCAAGAGUAUACCAUGUAAAUUUCAUUUAUAUUUCUACUGCUUAUCUCUGGUUGGUGGAUAUGUAAGGGUUCCCUCUGAGCAUUAAGUUGGCAUAAUGCAAUAAACAGAUCGUAAAUAUUUUGAUACCAUUUCUCCACCGUAAUUGACUCGACGUUACUUCGAAUGUCAAACAAUAAAUUCAAUUUC